AUGUGUGGUAUUUUAGGUAUUGCUCUGGCGGAUCAAUCAGGUACGGUAGCACCUGAAUUAUUUGAUGGGUCCUUAUUUUUACAACAUAGAGGUCAAGAUGCAGCUGGUAUUUCCACCUGUGGCAAAGGAGGUAGACUAUAUCAAUGUAAAGGUAACGGUAUGGCAAGAGAUGUUUUCACUCAAAAAAGAAUGAAUGGGCUUGCUGGUAAUAUGGGUAUUGCCCAUUUACGUUAUCCAACUGCUGGGUCAAGCGCUAAUUCAGAAGCCCAACCAUUUUAUGUCAACAGUCCAUAUGGUAUUUGUUUAAGUCAUAAUGGUAAUUUAGUUAAUACUGCCACUUUAAGAAGAUAUAUGGAUGAAGUGGUUCAUAGACAUAUUAACACUGAUAGCGAUAGUGAGCUACUUUUAAAUGUUUUUGCUUCCGAAUUAGAAAAGCAUAACAAAUAUAGAGUUAAUGACGAAGAUAUUUUUUUGGCGUUAGAAGGUGUUUAUCGUUUAUGUCGUGGAGGUUAUGCCUGUGUUGGUAUGUUGGCUGGUUUUGCUUUGAUCGGUUUCAGAGAUCCAAAUGGUAUUAGGCCUCUGUUGGUUGGUGAAAGGGAAAAUGAGGACGGUAGUAGAGAUUAUAUGUUAGCUUCUGAAUCUGUUGUAUUAAAAGCCCAUAAUUUUAGCAAGUUUCGCGACCUGAAGCCAGGUGAAGCUGUCAUCAUACAUAAAGACUGUUCAGAACCAAAUUUUAAACAAGUUGUUCCAAUUAACUCUUAUAGACCAGAUUUAUUUGAAUAUGUCUAUUUUGCUAGGCCUGAUAGUGUCUUGGAUGGUAUUAGUGUUUAUCAUACUAGAAUACAAAUGGGUGUAAAGUUGGCCGAUAGAGUGAGAAAGUUGGUUGAUCCUAAUGAAAUUGAUGUUGUUAUGAGUGUUCCAGACACUGCUCGUACUUGUGCUUUGCAGGUUUCCAUUGAGUUGAAUAAACCUUACCGUGAAGGUUUUGUUAAAAAUAGAUAUGUUGGCAGAACUUUCAUUAUGCCAAACCAAAAACAACGUGUUUCUUCUGUUAGACGUAAAUUAAACCCUAUGGAAAGCGAAUUUAAAGAUAAGAACGUUUUGAUUGUUGAUGAUUCUAUUGUGAGAGGUACAACAUCUAGGGAAAUCAUACAUAUGGCCAAAGAGGCCGGUGCUAAAAAGGUCUUUUUUGCUUCCGCUGCACCACCAAUCCGUUAUAACCAUAUCUAUGGUAUUGAUUUAGCUGAUACCAAGGAAUUGGUUGCUUACAACAGAAAUGAUGAUGAAAUCUGCAAAGAAUUACAUUGUGAUAAAAUUAUCUAUCAAACAUUGGAAGAUUUGAUAGAUUGUUGUAAGACACCAACUAUUGAUAAGUUUGAGGUUGGUGUUUUUAAUGGUAAUUAUGUAACAGGUGUUGAGGAUGGUUAUUUAUUGGAACUGGAGGAAAUGCGUGCUCAUAAUAAAAUAGCGGAAAAUGAAAAGGCUCAAUUUGAUAUUGGAUUAUAUAAUUCUGCUGACUAUCAGUAG